AUGAGUCUGCGGACACGCGCUGGCGUUGACGACAACGCUCGACGGAGACAGCACGUCGCGAGGCUUUCUCUCUCGCAAGAAACCGCGUCGUCAUCUGGCGAUAACGAGUCUGUUCUCAGCGAGGAUACUGGCGAUGAGGGAGAUCUUUUCGACCCCUUCGCUCCGACUGACUUAUCCGACGACGACCACAUGUCCCUUGCUGAGACUAUGCGUGAGCUGGACGAUCAGCUUUCACGUCGACCGUUGGAUCUAGAUCCGGCGGGCUACUUCAUAAUCUACGUGGACAGGGAGCAGCAGUGCCUGGUCGCGCAGCACUACGGCAACCUGAUCGACAGUAAAGGCCGCGCGUGCGACCCUGUAACGGGGAAACCCAUUCCCUGCGAUGGCUCCUACAAGCCCACCCCCCUCCGUGUCUACCGGUAA